GCGUCGGUUCCGUCACAGACACUUCUAUAAAUUAGUGAUAUCUAUUUAAAUUAUUCAACUAAUUAAAUCAACGUCAAAUGUCAAUAAAAAAAAUCCCAUUUUUAAAACAAAAAAAAAGCUUCGAAAUACUAUACAAAUUUUAAUUUUGCUUGUAGAAAUUUUUCGAAUGUGUUACUAUAGUGUAAAUUUAUUUUCGUGAAUUUUUUUUAAUUAAAAAAAAAUUGGAUUGACAUUUUUGAAUUUAUGCACCUGUAGCUUGAUACAAUAAACUAGUGAAAUUGAAUUUUUUUUUUUUUUCACAUGCAAUGUUUAACAAGGCAUUUAAUAAUUUGAAUAAAAAUUUAAUUGAAAAAUUAAAUAGUUAAAUUAAAAAAAAUAUAAAAUCACUAAUCUUGAUAUUUUAAAUACUGUUAAUAUUUAUUUGUUUCGAUUAUUAUUUAAAAUUUAAUAAACAAUUGAAAAUUAGUUUAAAAAAACAAAUCGAGUUAUUAAUUUUUUUAUAUUUUUUUUUCUAUUGAAUUAAUUAGUUUUGUGACUUAGUUCAGGUGGCUCUUGGAUCGAAGAAUUUUUCAUAAUUUUUUCAAGAAAUUUAUCUGUUCAAUUAAAAAAAAAUAAAGGAGUAAAAAAACUUUAGUAAUUUUGAGAUUAAUGUUCUUUGAUGAAAAAUAAAAGUUUGUUAUAGAAAAGAGCAAUCAUCGCUUUGACCAUAAAAGUGCAUCUGGAAAUUAACGAUGAACUAAAAUCAUAAGACGUAAAAAAGAUAAAAAAAAAAAAAAGUUUAUUAGUUAAUAAAAAAUAAUAAUAAAUAUUAUAUUUUAUUAAAUUUUAUUAUUUAUUUUUUUAGUGACUAUAUUGUGUUGUAUAAAAUACGAUAAUUUGUUAUCGUUAAAAUUUUCCAUCUAUAAAAAAAGCUCUUGAUAAAUUCUAGUAAAAAUAAACAAAUAAAAAAAAAUAAACUAACAAAACACAAAUCUAUAUGUUUGUGGUGGCUUUGAGGAUUUAUUUCGAUUGAAUUCACAGAUGAAGUGUGUAAAGUACUAAAAACUACUUCAAGAGAAAAGUCGAGAUUAUUUUGUAAACUUAAAUAACGCUUUUUUUUUUUUAAACAAAAAAUACUAAUUUUUUUUUUAUUUUUUUCAACUAUAAAGUUGAGUUUGAACGUGGCUCAAGUAAAAAAAAAAGGCUAGCUCUUUUUAAAAAAGUUAAAAAGGGUCCUGCAAAAAAAAAAAAUAAAUAAAAAACCAAUAAAACUGAAAGAAGUGAAACGAAAGGAUGAGCACGUGAAGAAAAUAAAAAAGAAAUAAAAUUAUCCAACAAAGUACUCAACUGUGAAAAUUAAAAAAAUCAAAAUUGUCUUUCUGAAAAAAAUAGCGUGAUGUGAAUUCGUCAAUUUGUAGAGUGUCAAAUAAAAUUCAAAAAAAAAAAAAAGCCAAUUAAACAAUAGUAAUAAUAAAAAGUGAAAAAAAGCUCAGUGUUCUUGUUGACUUUACAACAGUCCAGUGUACUGUCAUGACAAAUUAACAAACAUAAAAGUACACUUGGUGGUUGUGUUCAGCAAAAAUUUCAAGUGUAUGUGUUUGUGUAUGUGUUUUUGUUAAGCUUGUGAAGUGGUAAUGAAGUGGGAAAGUGUCACAUAGAAUUACAUGAAAUAGUGAGGGGCCAGGCAAACUGGCCUGAGCCGAAUUUAAUAUUCGGAAAUGCGGCAACAUUACCACCACCACCAUCAUCAUCGUCAUCAUCAUCGUCAUCAUCAUCGAGAUUAUUACAGACGUAGUAUACUUAGCCCCGCCCUUAUACUCCUAACAAUUCAGACUUUUGUUCAAGUAUUUGCUGGUGACCAAGAAAGAAAUGUGUGGUAUGAUGCAGCGACACGUAAUAUAGAAUCAAGAAUACGUUCAGCUGGAUCAGGAUCAAGUGGAACAACACCAACUGGUGAAGCAAAAGGUGUUAUAUUAUUUGUUGGUGAUGGUAUGGGAAUGAGUACAUUGACAGCAGCAAGAAUAUUAGCUGGUCAAAGACAUGGAAAAACUGGCGAAGAAACAGAACUUGCUUGGGAUACAUUUCCGGCUGUUGCACUUGCUCGAACAUACAAUGUAGACGCUCAAGUUGGUGAAUCAUCAGCAUGUGCAACAGCUUUACUGUGUGGUGUUAAAGCAAAUUACGAGACAAUUGGUGUUGACUCAUCAGCAAAAUUUGAUAAUUGUUUAUCGAGUAAAAAUGCAAGAGUAUCAUCAAUAAUAAAUUGGGCGCAAAGUCAAGGAAAAUCAACGGGUUUAGUUACAACAACAAGAGUAACUCAUGCAACUCCGGCGGCUUUAUAUGCUCAUGCAUCAAGUCGUUAUUGGGAGGAUGAUGGUAAAGUGCCUUCAGCUGCAAGGGUAUCUUGUAAAGAUAUUGCUAGACAACUUCUUGAAGAUGAACCUGGUCGUAAUAUGAAUGUCAUACUUGGUGGUGGUCGACGUCAUUUUGUAUCAAAAGUAACAUCUGAUCCAGAAGAACCACAAAAAGAAGGUAGAAGAUUGGAUGGUAGAAAUCUCAUUACUGAAUGGACCAAAAGUCGUCCAAAUUCAUCAGCAAAAUAUGUUUAUUCAAAAGAACAAUUUGAUGAUAUUGAUCCAGCAAAAGUUAACUAUCUUUUAGGUUUAUUUUCUUAUUCACAUAUGGAUUUCGAAGUUGAUAGAAAUACAUCUGGUAGUGGUGAUCCUUCAUUAGCAGAAAUGACAAUGAAAGCAUUAAGAAUAUUAAAAAAAAAUACAAAAGGAUAUUUUUUAUUUGUCGAAGGUGGACGUAUUGAUCACGCACAUCAUUAUAAUAAUGCUUAUCGAGCAUUAGAUGAAACAUUGGCGAUGGAAGAGGCUGUUAGAGCUGUUAUGAAUGAGGUAGAUUUAACAGAGACCCUACUUGUUGUCACAGCUGAUCAUUCUCACGUACUGACUCUUGGUGGUUUAGCAACACUUCGAGGAAAUCCAAUCUUCGGUUCAGACAGUAAAAAAUCCGACGUGGAUGGAAAACCAUAUACGACACUUUUAUACAGCAAUGGACCAGGUCACACGGAGCCACGAUCUGUCAUGCGAGAGGCUGGCAAAGAUUCUAUUCAGACUGCUGGUGUACCACGUGCCUGGGCAACUCAUGGUGGUGAAGAUGUACCAGUAUUUGCAAUUGGACCAUUAUCAAAUGUACUAUUUUCUGGUAGUGUUGAUCAAAGUUAUAUACCACAUGCAAUAGCAUAUGCUUCAUGUAUUGGUCAUCAUGCAAAACGUUGUACACAUGAUUCAUCAAUAAAUAAUAAUAAUGUUAAUAUUAUUAAUGACACAAUAAUGCCAUCAAUAAGUUGUCCAUCAGCUGAGCCAAAUAGUGCAGCAAUAUCAAGUGAUGUCAUGAAUGAUCAAGCUAGAAAUCCAACAAUUAAAUCAAAUUCAAAUAAUUUAUAUUUAACUAUUAAUAAACCAUAUUUUUAUCCAAUUAUCAUUCAUAUUUUACAUCAUUUUUUUAGAUAAUGUUUAUCAAUUUUUAGAAAUUAAUUUACUUUUUUUUUUUAUCUCUACUUGUUGUCGAUGAAAAUAAUAUUUGUACAAAAAAAAAAUUUCGAUUGUGUAUAUUGUAAAAUUAACAAAAAAAAAUAUAUAAAAUUAUUGAAAAUAAUUAUUUAUAUUAUAGGCAAAAUAAUUAUAAUAAUAGUGAGUGAUUUGUAGAUUAUUCAAAAGGUAAUUUAAAUUUUUUUUUUAUUUUUUUUUUUAUAUAAAGGAGAUUGUUGUCUAUUGGUAAUAUUUUAAAAUAAAAAGAAAUAAAUUUUUUUCUUUUUUUUAUAUUAAAAUAAUAAAUGUGAGGGUAAAAAUUUAAUAAAAAAUUUGAAAAUCAUAUCGUGGGUAUUAUUCAUGUGUGAUAAAUAAAAGAAUAUUUAAAAAAAAAAAAAAUUUAUAUAUGAUAGAAUUUUAAUGAAGAGUGCGCUGAAUAAUUGAACGUGUUAAUUCGAAUUAUAGUUUUUAUUCAGGUUGAUGUUUGUAAUAGUAUUGUUUGGGACUGGGUCCAAUAUUAUAAAAUUUUUUAGGAGAAAAAUACAAUUAAAGUUUAAAAAUAAAAAUUUUAACUUGAAAAAAAUGUAUA